CUCCACAUGUGCUGCUGCCCUUUUACCCCGCUGACGGGGCUUUUCCGGUGGAGACGUGGCUCAGCGCUUCUGCCAUAUUGAAGCUGCAGACGGGCAGGCAAACCGCUGCGCACAAACUACCCCUUUAUUCACCACGACCCCGGUUUCAUUACACAGGACAGCCGACGUUAGGAGCUUAGACACGAAAGAAGAUAGCAGACGCUGAAAAUGGUGCUGUUGGCUGCGGCAGUGUGCACCAAGGCGGGAAAGGCUCUGGUGUCACGGCAGUUUGUGGAAAUGACACGGACGCGCGUGGAGGGCCUGCUGGCUGCCUUCCCUAAACUAAUGAACACUGGGAAGCAGCACACAUUUGUGGAGACAGAGAGUGUGCGCUAUGUCUACCAGCCUCUGGAGAAGCUGUACAUGGUGCUGGUCACCACCAAGAAUAGCAACAUCCUGGAAGAUCUGGAGACCCUCCGCCUCUUCUCACGUGUGAUACCCGAGUAUUGUCGCAUGCUAGAGGAGAGCGAAAUCUCGGAGCACUGCUUUGACCUCAUCUUUGCCUUCGAUGAGAUCGUCGCCCUUGGUUACAGAGAGAACGUCAACCUGGCGCAGAUCAGAACCUUCACAGAGAUGGACUCGCACGAGGAGAAGGUUUUCCGUGCUGUCAGAGAGACCCAGGAACGGGAGGCGAAGGCAGAGAUGAGACGGAAGGCGAAGGAGCUGCAGCAGGCACGGAGGGAUGCUGAGCGAGGAAAGAAGUCUCCCGGCUUUGGUGGCUUUGGUAGCACCAGUAGUAGCAGCAGCAGCUCAGCCAUAAUAACAGACACGUUGAUUGAGGCAGAGAAACCUAAACCUGCCCCAGCACCCAUCAGGCCUAGCGGUUCUAGCAAAGCCCUCAAACUGGGGGCUAGGGGCAAGGAGGUGGACGACUUUGUGGACAAGCUGAAGUCUGAGGGCGAGAACAUUAUCCUACCAAAUACUGGCAAAAGACCCUCUGAGGCCUCCAAAUCUCUGCCUGCCCCUGUUAACACAGAAAGUGUGCAUCUACGGGUGGAGGAGAAGAUCACGCUCAUAUGUGGACGUGACGGAGGUCUUCAGAACAUGGAGGUACUGGGCAUGAUCACACUCCGGGUGUCUGACGAGAAAAACGGGCGAAUCCGACUGCUCAUCAACAACAAUGACAAGAGGGGUGUACAGCUGCAGACCCAUCCCAACGUGGACAAGAAGCUGUUCACAGCAGAGUCAUUAAUUGGUCUGAAGAACCCAGACAAGUCCUUCCCCCUGAACAAUGACGUGGGUGUGCUAAAGUGGAGACUACAGACCACAGAUGAGUCCCUUAUACCGCUAACAAUUAACUGCUGGCCCUCAGAAAGUGGAUCAGGCUGUGAUGUUAACAUAGAGUAUGAACUGCAGGAAGAAUCCCUGGAACUCAAUGAUGUUGUUAUCUCAAUCCCCAUACCGUCAGGGGUGGGUGCUCCUGUAAUUGGUGACCUGGAUGGAGAGUAUCGUCACGACAGCAGGCGGAAUGUUCUGGAGUGGUGUCUGCCUGUGGUGGACGUGAAGAACAAGACUGGCAGUCUAGAGUUCAGCAUAGCUGGCCAGCCCAAUGAUUUCUUCCCUGUCAACGUCUCCUUCGUCUCCAAGGGCAACUAUUCUGACAUCCAGGUCGCUAAAGUGUCUCAGGUUGACGGGAGCAGUCCGGUACGGUUCUCCACAGAAACUUCAUUUGUUGUCGACAAGUACGAGAUCCUAUAAAAAGAAGAACCUUUGCCAACGAAAAGCCUAAAAGCAACUUCAAAGAAAACCAGUUCAGUAGACUUGAAUACAUGAAUACAAACACAGUACAGGCUAGAGUGAGAGAGAGAAGGCAUGAAGAGGUUGUUGAGAACCUUUUUGCCCUCAGCGGUACUUAAACAGGACUUGAACCUUUCUUCUUUUCUUUUUUCUCCUCCAAGAGAAAAAUUACCCUUUUCACCAUGGCUGACAGUGUUGGCUGACUUAUUUAGAUGAGGAGAAGGACCGCCGCAGCCAAACUGAUGAUGCGUUUUAACUGGAGACGCCAAACCGUGAAGGGGGACUGUACCAUUCUAGAGAAGAAUAAUUUAUAUGAAUCCACCUUUUGUUUAAUCAGUUGUGUAGAUGAUUGAGUUUUAUCGACGGUUGAUCUAACUUAGCAUUAAGGAUAAAGUUAAUUUAGUAGGGUGGUGUUUUUUUUUUUUUUUCUUCUCAUCUCACGUACUGGGGUACUGCUCUGAAUUCUCUUCUAAGACACGCUUGUCUUUUCCUGCUAGCGGUCCUUGACCGGAUGAUCCGCCAUUGAUUUGUUCCACGAUCUGUUCAUGCUUGCGUUGGCAGGACCAUGUGUUUUGAGAUGGACCUCAUUGUUUUGUCUAGGUCUGAUGGCAAGGCUCUUUUUUCAUGUAUCUUAUGUCUGGAUUUUUUUAUAUAACUAUCUUUCAUCUGCUGUGAAGUGGUCUGCUGCAAGCCUAAGCUUGUAUGUGUCUGUUUCCUGUCUGUUUUGACUGCAUUAUUGUCUUCUCUUUUUUUUUUUUUUUUUUUUUUUCUUUUUCUUCAUAAGUUUUUAUUUUGUCUUGUUAGCAUGUUGGACUCUUUUGGGUUCCUUUUUGAAGUCACUGUAAAUCUUUCAAUCCGUUUGUAAUGCCAGUGAAUGUGCAUUUGGGCUUCAUCUUUUCUUCUGUGUUAGGAAAAUGAAUUUCCAAACUGUAAUCUGUCUUUUGCGCCAGCAAGUGGUGAUAAAUCCACAACCACUCAGCUUUGUGUGCUGGUGCUGUUGUAGAAAGUGCAAUACACACAUUGCUGUUUUUAAAUCACCUGGGGCCACUUUUAUCUGUAAUUCAGAGAGCAGACAGCUUUGCUGCCUGUAGUUUCGGUGAUCGUUUUACUCAGCCGUGUUAUUUCUGACCUGUUAGAAGGAUCUGAAAGAACCACCUUAAAUCUGGCUCAUGUAGAUCUUAUUUGUUGCAUUAUUAAAAGACAAAUGUGUUUCUUUCUAUUCCAGAAUAAUCAAAAGUUCUAGCAUCUACUGGUUUAGCUUAAAGUGGAGUUGAUUGAGAGCACUGCAGAAAAUGUUUUAGCUGUUUGUUUUACCUGCUGUUGCUAGCAGCUGACUCCCAGUGCAGGCCUUACAUCAGUCUUGCCCCCUGGUUGCUUAUAACUGUGGUUGGGAUUGGCGUAAUGCAUAACUUACCUCAUUUCAGGCCUGCUUAGCCCUGGACCUCUUCCUCAGUCUCGAGCUCUUAUGCUUGUACAGAAGAAACACAGAUUUCCCCCUCAUUUCUUUCUCUGUCCACUUAUGCCUUGAGUCUCUCCAUAGCUUUGACAAGGGAAAAAGAAAAAAGAAAUACUAAAUGUUUGAGUUUUCAUUUCUUUGUAAUGUCUGUUUUGUUGGAAUCAUAUUGCUGGUGGGAAAUGGAAAGAUAGAUCAGAUUUUUUGUUUUUGUAACCCUGUAAAAUAAUGAAUAGGGUCAUGAUGAAUAACAUUCCAGUGUAAACUUAUUAAAGAAAUUAUUAAAGUGUAUAAAAAGACCCGA